UGGAGAAACCCAGAGAACCAAAAAGAAAAAAAAAAAUCAAAGAAAGAAAAAGAGAUUGAAAAGGAAAUUCCCAAGUACUGGCCAUGGCUUCCAAGCACUACUUCAUUUUCUCACUGGUAUUUCUGACAACCGCCACCUUCCUCCUAGCCGGAAAAUGCAGUGCCCAAGACCCUGUCUCCAUGACCAGCGCCGCCUUGUCCAGCCUUUGCUCAGACGCAGAUUUCUCACAACUAUGCGAGGAAAUAACAAAGGGAGCAUCGGAUCCAAAGAGUGCUACUCAGAUGGCCAUCCGAGCACUCAUCCUCCGGGCAUCCAACGCCAAGGCGUUGGCCGUGAAGCUGGGCUCCAGUGCCACGGGCUUGCGAAAGUCAAACUUCGACAUCUGCGUGGAGGUUUACGACGACGCGGUCGAGAACCUUCAGACCUCCUUGGCCAACAUCCAGAGUGGAGACAAAGGCGCCCUUAAAAGCAACCUCUCGGCAGUUUUGACUGACAUUGUCACAUGUGACGAUGCUUUCGCGGAAAGUGCCGACGAUCCACAAGGUCUAGGCCAGACUAACAAGGUCAUGAGUAAGCUAGGAAGCAACUGUCUGGCUUUAGCGGAUGAGGUCCACUUCUAAGAGGACCCCUCAAUACAUUUCUCUCGUUUAAAAAUGCUACGUUGCUUCCUCCAUUGGGAUGCAUGCUUUUAUAAGAUUUUCUUUUAA